AUGCCUCUCCUGCGCAAACUGGUCAUCGUCGCCGCUGUCGACGGUCUAGUGCUCCACGCAGCAAAUGGCCGAUCUACCAGCGGAAGCAACAAUGAAGCCUCAUCGAUUCGUAUCGACUACAAAACGAAUAAGAUAACCGCCUUUUCAAACCCGGCAUCGGAGUCCCUCGACGGGAACGAGGCCCUAGAAGCCCACGGCCUGAUAGGCCUAUUGUCCGUCGCCUCAUACUCCUUCUUAGUAUCAAUAACCCAGCGCGAACAAGUCGCCCAAAUCCAAAACCGUCCCGUGUACGCCGUGACGAAUGUAGCCAUCAUUCCCAUCUCCUCCCAAGCAGACGCCAGCCGCGCAAUCGCCCAAGCUAGGAAAGAUACAGCGCAGGAGAUCCUCUCGCUGGAUUCCUCGGAUGACGACGAAGGCGAUUUACCCGAUAACGAGGCAGAUCGCGCCGAGGCGGAGAUCGCUAGCUUGCCUGCGUCCCCGACUCGUGAAGUGCAUCAUGCCCGCGGCACCAGUGUUGGGAGCAUCGCGGAAGAUGUAAUCGGCAAGCGCGUGAGGUUUGGUCGCUUUGCGGCUAAUUGGUUGUCGCGGAAAAAUCUUGGUUUGCCGAGGCCUGGUGCUUUGGAACAGGAUGUUCCACAGUCUCCUACUACUGCAGCAGCAGCAGUUCAACCUCAAGCCCAAGCCCCGGCUGAAGUGGUCGACUCAUCUUUCGAUAAUAAUGUGUCUCGCUCUACCGAUGAGACCCGCAAUCCAAAGGAUGAUCUUCCACCUUUGCAAGCGGGUGCAUCGGAGGGAGCUGGCGAGUCGGAUUCUGGGCGAGCCAAAUCUGAUCAGGCGACUGAUCUCUUGCCCAAGUUGUUGAGAUAUACACGGCUCUUGUUUGCUUCGCGCAAUUUCUUCUUUUCCUAUGAUUAUGAUCUUACACGGUCUGUUUAUACACAGGAAGCUAGAAAGGAUUUGCUUCCUCUACAUAAAGUUGUGGAUCCCUUGUAUUUCUGGAAUAGAAAUCUGAUGAGUGCUUUUAUUGAUAAUGGGGCUCACGGGUUUGUUUUACCGCUUAUCCAAGGCUUCGUCGGGCAGCGUGAAUUUACCAUAGCUGGUACUGAGAAGAAGGCAUCGGAAGAUCUUGCGGGAGGUAAGAUUCUCGGCGAGAAGCACGAGGCAGAGGCAGUUGAAACCGAUGCCAGCAAGCGCGAUUAUCUUCUGACGCUUGUAUCUCGGCGCUCUGUAAAUCGGCCAGGUCUUCGUUACUUGCGCCGUGGCAUUGAUGACGAGGGAAACACUGCCAAUACUGUCGAGACUGAGCAGAUUCUCUCGGUUCCUGAUUGGAAUCCGUCACGGCCUGCCUACUCUUAUAUGCAAGUCCGUGGUUCAAUUCCGCUGUACUUCUCUCAGUCACCAUAUGCUUUAAAGCCAAUCCCUGUGCUGCAUCAUUCGGCGGAUACCAAUCUUCUCGCUUUCAGCAGACAUUUCCGAGAGUUCAGUCGCAGGUACGGAAAGAUCCAGGCUGUCUCCCUCAUUGACAAGGUCGCCGGUGAAUUGAAGCUAGGAGAGCAAUAUGAGAGAUACACGCAAUCCUUCAAUGAGGCCGGUGGCAUCGAUGGCACUCCAUUGAAUCUCGAGUGGUUUGAAUUCCACCGCGAAUGUCGCGGAAUGAAGUUUGAGAACGUGUCUCGCUUGGUUGAUCGUCUGAAAGACACACUGAACGAGUUCUGCUACACAAUCAUCGUCGACAACGACAUUCUGCAAACACAAAAGGGUAUCAUGCGCACGAACUGCAUGGAUUGCCUUGACCGUACGGGCGUCGCCCAAUGCGCAUUUGGACAAUGGGCUCUCGAACACCAACUUGAGAAUGAGGGCAUAGACAUCGACUUUGGCGGCGACUCCUCAACUCGAUGGUUCAACACACUAUGGGCCGACAACGGUGACGCAAUUUCCAAGCAAUACUCAUCGACAGCAGCCCUGAAAGGCGACUACACACGUACCCGCAAACGAGAUUACCGCGGCGCCCUCAACGACCUGGGCUUAACGCUAUCACGCUACUACAACAACAUAGUCAACGACUUCUUCUCACAGGCCUGCAUAGACUACCUACUGGGCAACGUCUCCACCCAAGUCUUCGACGAAUUCGCCAUUCAACUUCAAACAACCGACCCCGGAAUCUCAGUCCAGAAACUCCGCCAGAACGCCAUCGACACCAGCUGCAAAAUUGUCAUUUCAAGUCCUUCCGAAGAUUUCCUCGGCGGGUGGACUAUGCUCAGCCCUCGCCAACCAAAUACGCUUCGCACCUUCCCCUUCGAAGAAUCCGUCCUGCUCCUUACAGACGCGGCCGUUUACAGUUGUCGCUUCGAUUGGGAAACGGAUAAAGUCCUCUCAUUCGAACGCAUCGAUCUUCGCUCCAUCUCGCGCAUUCAUUAUGGCACAUACAUCACCUCCAUCCUGACGGAUAGCCAAGCAAAUGAAGCAAGCAAUGUCGGCCUAGUCAUUGUCUACCGUGACGGUGAUACAAAUGCCCUGCGUGUCAACACUCGCUCCCUCCAAAGUGACGUGAAUAUGUCUACGCUAGAAACGACUGCUAGCGCCAACAGCGAAUGGGAUCUCGUUUCCUGGCUGCGCGGCGUGAAGAGAGCGACGACGCGCUUCGUUGCCUUUAAGGGCCUUCCUUUGUCCGCUUCUGUUGCGAGUCCGCGCCUUGAUCUGACUGCCGGUGCUGUGAAAGAGAUUGAUCGGGUGCGUUCUAUUGCGCUGGAUAUUGAGCGUGCUAUGGUUGCUGGCGAGGGGAGGAAUGUUGAGGGGCAUUCGGCGGUUGAAGAGUCCGAUAUCAUUUCUUUGGCUGAUGCGAAGAAGAGGACUGGUUGGUUGGAGUAUUUGGUUUAUGAUAUGAAGAAGAUGGUUUGGGCUUAG